UUCCCCAGUUGUUUUUUUAGACAAAACGAAAGUAGAGUUUGUGGAUGUUUUUCUGACGUGUUUUUCUUGCUGAGGUUGCUAACCUUUGCAGUGAUCAACGAUUUAUUUCAAUCCGCUCAAGCCAGCACCAUAACAAUGGGAAACCUUUGCUGUAAAAUGCAAGACAAGAAGUAUAAGGAGAAGGCUGAGGCUAAAGCUGAUGGAAUUGAAACUGAAAACAAAAAAGAGCCGGCAAAAAAUGACAGAAAGAAAUCACCAACAUCCGAAGAUACAUCUGAACACAGCAAGAAAAUGUCACCAGGUGACCACGGGGAUACACAGUCGGAAACCACUGAUUCAGACUCUUCCGAUUCAAGUUGUGGUGGUGCAAAGAAGUCAAAACAUGGGGGUGUUACUGUUUAUAAGUCCUCAACAACAGUUGUCAAAGGAAACAAAUACAAAAUUGAUAACAAUCACGGCAAAUUACACAUUGGAGACAUAGGCACACAGAUUGUCAUUAAUAAAAAAAAAGUCAAGAUAUUCCAAAACGCAGGAUUUGAUGCUAAAAACGCGACUAUCUUGGAAAGAAAGUUAUGGGCGAGUAAUUCACCUACGGACUGUGGCAGUUUCAUCAACACCAGAGACAAACAUCUGGUUAUGGACUACGUGUUUAACCUUAAAGUGAAAUCAGACGCCACAGCUUGGGUUGGCAUCCUCAAGUUUCGGCACUCAUCUGGAACAUGCUUCCGUGUUGGCGCAAACAAAAUCAUGACUGCACUGCACGUGAUAAAAGGUUUUAUUGACUGUGAGUAUGCAUCGGUUCGUAACAUUUACAGGGAACGACCAUCCAAAAUGUUUUCGUCAGGUCGGCAGGCCAGUGAUUAUACCGACACAGAUGGACAUCAAGCUCACGAUCAGACUGUCCUUGCAUCCCUUGUAGAUGCCUAUGUUGACUUUCAGUAUCUUCGCGAGGACCACCAGUUUCCUCUCAGAACACGAUUCAAACUGAAGCCUCUGACUUCCCUUGGUGAUAUCCCUUUUUUUGACGAAGCAACAGAUUGUAUUGUUCUUGAACUUCUGAAAAAUGAUCAAGAAUCUCCAAUGCCAUCACCAUUUACUUUCUUUAGUUUUCCGCAGUUUGAUAAAUCUUUUCAUCUGAUUGGUCACCCUGAAGGGAAGAGGAAGAAAGUAGACCAGGUUAGCACAGCGCUUGAUGUUACAAAGGCAAAAACACAAGCAGACAUAAAACUAGUUCGAGAUAUGAGCAAACAAUUCAUUGAGGACAACGACAGGUCAGUAGAUGACUUCCCAUAUGAUUUCGAAGGAAGUGCAAAUGUAGAUAACACAUCUAGAUUCUUGUUUCACUGUUGCGUAGGGAAAGGUGCAUCAGGUUCACCAGGUGUUGUUGUUCAGGAUGAUGGCCGCGUUGUGGUUGUGACCAUGCUGUUACAUGGCUACCCGGACUGGUACUACAGUGAAAAAUCGGAUUCAUUCAGACAAGGAUGGCGACAAGAGUGCUGUGUUGAGCAAGGUGCUAACAUGAGAGCUGUUUAUGAAAAAAUGUUAUCCAACAAAACUCUUCGGGAUGAAAUUUUCCCGAUGAAAUGUUCUCCCACGGUUACCUAAAACCAUUUUGUUUUCAAAUGGAAAACUAUGCAACUUUUGCGUAAUAAAAUCAUAGUUUCAUUGCAAAACAACAUGUUAUUAUAACGAACAUGACUCAACGAUCCGGUGUAGUUUAGUUUUGCUGUGCUGAUUCAUAAAACGACACAGACAAGGAGUCAAAAGCCAAGGAUACCUAAAAGCACCGAACGUCAACAAGACACCUAUAUGACAUUAAAACAUUUUUCUAGAAGAUCGUUCAUGCAUAAUGUUAUAAAAUUGUUUUUUAGUUUUAAUAAUUUUAAGUAUGAAAUAUAAAAUAAUUAUUUACCGAGAAUAUAUCAUGUUUAUGUA